GGCGCAUGCGCAGGCGGCGCAGCCAUGCGGGUGCUGGUGGGUGGUGGGACUGGCUUUGUGGGCAGAGCCCUGACCCAGUUGCUGCGGAGCCACGGGCAUGAGGUGACCCACGUCUCCCGAGAAGGGGGCAAGGAUCGGAUCAGCUGGGAAGAGUUGUCCCACUCUGGACUGCCCCUGUGUGAUGCUGUGGUGAACUUGGCUGGUGAAAAUGUCCUCAACCCUUUCCGCAGAUGGAAUGAUGCCUUCUGCAGGGAAGUCAUCAGCAGCCGGGUUGAGACCACCAAGACCUUGGCCAAAGCCAUUGCUGAUGCUGAACAGCCACCCCGUGCUUGGGUCCUCGUCACCGGCGUAGGCUAUUAUCGCCCUAGCCCCACAGCUGAGUAUACUGAGGACAGUCCGGGGGGGGAUUUUGACUUCUUCUCACGCCUGGUGAGCUCCUGGGAGGCUGCAGCUGUUACCCCUGGGAGCCCAGCUCGUGGUGUUGUGGUGAGAUCUGGAGUAGUGCUGGGCCGAGGUGGUGGUGCAAUCUCUCAAAUGCUCUGGCCUUUCCGUCUGGGACUAGGAGGCCCUUUGGGCUCUGGGCUCCAGCCCUUCCCAUGGAUCCACAUUCGGGACCUGGCUGGGAUCAUCUGUCACGCUCUGGAGAGUGAGCACCUGCAAGGUGUCCUCAAUGGUGUUGCCCCAUCCUCCCCUGCCACCUCCAAUGGCACCUUUGCUCAGGAGCUUGCUGCAGCCCUGGGGCGCCCGGCACUGCUGCCAGUGCCUGCUUGGGCUGUGCGGGCUGUCUUUGGGGCAGAGCGGGCCAUCAUGCUGUUGGAGGGCCAGAGGGUGGUCCCAAAGCACACCCUGGAGAGUGGCUACCAUUUCAUCUUCCCUGACCUGUCUGGAGCCCUGAAGGACAUUGUGGCUUGAGAGCUCCUUGGUUGGGCUGUGUUGGGCCCUGUUUCUCUGAAGUCCCUGGCUCACAUGUCAUCCCCUGGGUGGAAGAGGGUAGUCAUGCCCCUUCUUGACACUUCCCCAUCCCCUUAAAGAGAGGGUGAGCAGUCUUUUCCCCUUCUAGAACGAUUUGUGCAUCCCCAGUUUAGGAGUCAUCCAUCUUACUGCCAUCUGCAGUUUCCACAUGACGUUCUUUUGGGGAAGGGCACAAGCUCAUCUAAGGAUUGUGAUUGCUGAAUCUGCCAUCUUCCCCACAGCAUGUGAGUUGCUUGCAGAGAAAUUGAGGGGUGUAAUGUCAGGCACGGCAGCAGGAAAGGGGGGUUCAGAUGUUUUAACUCCAUGUUACUGGACGUUCGUCCUCCUGUUUUCCCCUAUGUCUUUCCCCCAUGGUCCCAUAAAGAUCUAGUUAUGCUCGUCUGCUUUGCCUUCAUCAGUCUUAUAGGGAAUGGAAUUGUGGUUGUGGAAGAAGAUCCUUCCUGAAUGGGUGCAAAGGGUGCUGGACACAGAUAGGUGGAGACUUUCCUAUCAAUUUUCUUGUGGUGGCUUUGUGCUGGUACCAAGUUACUGUAUCAGAACCUCCAGCUGAGUCUGGGCCCAAGACCCAGACUUCCCAGACCCUUCCAGGGUCACAUAACCCAAUGCUGUGGUGGGGAUGAAGGAGAACAGUGCUUUGCCAGCCUGUGGGGACAGGGGCAGUGGAGGGACUGUUGUCCCCUGAGCUGCUUUUGAGGCCUUGGUUAAACACUGGCUACAUCUGAGCUUGUGCUGGGGAGAAACUGCGUGGUUCAUCUUUGUGUGAGGUAGUGCAAGGCAUUGCUUUAAUGUGAAGAGCACACUUAGCUAUUGCCUUCAUUGUGGUUAUCUAAUCCCAGAGUGAGCGAUUUUCCCUUAUUCAUCCUAUGAGGUGGAACUUGUGUUCAGGGGGUUCCCACCAACAGGCAGUGAGAAUAUCCAGGCUGCCUUGGGAAGCAGUACCUCUUGUGGAGAACACUGUGAUUUCAUCAUCUAAUGCUGUAAGGAAGUGUAUCCACGUGCUUUCUGCAACCCAUUUUCACACACCAAAGUGGAUUGCAGGAUGUGCAAUCUACAGAGCAGCUAAGAUCAUUAUACUACUUCUGGAGAAAUACUCCUAGUGUGUUGUAUUUUUGGGCUGGAAAAAUAUAUUAAAAAGCACUUCUGGCAGUUAAAAA